ACAUGGCGUAACUGUUUCAGCUGUAGAGAAGAACGAUAAAGGCUUAUCUUUAAUUGGUUUAAUUUAAAACAAUAUCAAGAUAGCAUUCACUCUGUUUUGGUCUAGAUUAAUUUCGUGUCAAGCUACCGGAAGUUAUAAAGUCAUAAGUAGCAAGUGUUCUGCGCCGUGCGUCUGUAUUUAGCUGUCGCGCUGGCUGGCCGGGCUUCAUUUUGCUCUCAUUUUUCAGAGCACCAAUAUUUCACUUGAGCAGAUAAAUUCUGGUCUUGCCAGCUAUGUUAUUGCGCGGCCGUUUCAACAUCAAUAAGAUGCAGCUUUUCUUGUUCGGAUGAGAAGUGUGGAGUGUAGCGACCUGUCAUCAGCUUGUCAUCCUGAUAUUCGGGAUGCCAGUCCUGGAGGACACGCUUUACUACUCGAACAUUAGAUCAGGUGUACACGAACAGAAUGAAGAUGAAAGAGAAGCGUUGGUACAAGAACAGAGGUACUGCCGAACUCGGGCUCGCAAGCUUUUCUUGGAAACAAACCGCAGACGAAAGGCUUUAGAAGAGAGAAGGAAACAGUGGGAUGUUCAAGAACAGAGACUGAGGGAGAAUAUUCUACAGCAGCGUCAUCAGAGGGUCCAGGAUGCUACAGAGAACUUCCAAAGAGCUCAUCUCCCUCCUUCCCAGAGAAAAAGACCAGCAGCCUUUAAGAAAACACCCAACCUUGAUGAGGCACUUCAUCAUAUUCAGGGCAUUCCGCACUUAUAUACUCAACAAUCUUCAUUUUUGGCCAGUGGUUCCACCAUUAGCAGGAGCUGCACUCCUUCCCCAAAGCCUUCAGGGGGCGCCCGUCACCUACGUGCCUUGUCUGCAGCAGAGGCCUAUGCUGAACUCCUGCAGGAGAAAAGCCUGAGUAACUUCAAGAACAACCAGCUGCACUUCCUCAGUGAGCAACAGGAGACCCAGACAGUUCUGAAAGAAAAAGAGCAGGCUGAUCUACAGGAGUAUCUUGAUACCCCACAUAGCGAGACAGAGAGUCUGUCUAGUCUGGACAGUUUAGAGAACGGAGACACUCAGAAGACCCAUGACACUACACCGGUUUGUUGCUCCCACCAGAGCACCACCUGUACCCAGUCUUUCUACCUCCCUGUGGAUUCCCCUAAGCUCCAAGACACCAAAAGUCCUCCUGGACCAUUCAGACAGUCAAACAACCCAUGUUUACCGUCUCACCCAUCCUCUUCCGUAGCAAAGAGUUUCCUGGAGGAGUUCUUAAAUCAGGAAAGCAAACUCAGUCUUAACUCAUCCUCACCAAAGGAUCAUGAGUCAACAGAGCAAAACAGGAGUCUCCGGAAUUGCACGCAAGAAAGAUUUGAUAACUCAAAAAACCAAUUGCAGACCUUCAACACCCAGUCUAAUCACAGUUGCCAAAAAGAGUUGACUCAGCAGGACUUAGCGGCUAAUUCAGAACAUAUGACUCAUGAUAAUGACAGGAACGCUCAAGGGAACAUUUUGAAAGACAAAGGAUCUGUGGUUGCCCACUGCAAAACACAAGCCGUGCCAGAUACCACACCCCUGGAAUUCUCAAGUCUGACUAAAGACUUCAAAUCAGAAUCCAAGCAGCAGACAAGAACCCUGGAGGAGAAAUAUGCUAAACAUUUAUCAGAAACACAGGCCAGCAGAUGCAAACACAGUUCAUUCGAAGCCUUUUCAAGCUCCUCUGCUCAUCUCAGCAUAACAUAUCGGAGUUCCUCAAACAUACAACCAACAGAACUGAGUUCUUCCCAGUCACAUAAAUGCAAACCAGAUGUAUAUGUUGCCACAGGGCUCAAGAUAGAAUCCAAACCGCUGAGCAUGGAGGACAGUAUAAGCAUAGAUCCUUCAGAUCCUAAAAAUGAAACGGAUGUCACCAAAUUGGCAAAAGCUGGUAUGCUGAACUCUUCUAAAUGCUUGGAGGAACCAACCAGAACAUCUGCAGACCCCAUGACCCAUUCUGCACCUAACAACAAUGUCAGAUUUCUGAAAGGGAUUCUUAAAAACCAUUUAAAAUCCAAAUCAGGAAAUGUCAAAUUCACUUACACUCCUGGCCAUUUGCUUUUCACAAAGGAAGUGGCCAUAUUAAUCCGGGACAGCAUAGAGCUGGCCAGGGUGAAACUCAAUGAGCCAGAGCAGAAUAGGACCGUUAAGAAGAAACUACGCUGGUUUGAUGAGGUUGAUGGAGUUGAGGGGGUGGACCGAGCAUUUAGAGACCCCGGCAGGAAUUCUAACCUGCCUCAACAAACCCAUAAACACUUCCCAGCAGAUCACUCGGACCAUGUGAAUUUACUCACAGGGGUAUCAAAGAACAUCUCCAGUAAGACCUCUGCUGUCCCCGCCGGGCCCCAAUCCACUAGACAGGCCUGGGCAGAUGUAGGGCCCCAAGAAAGCCGCACACAGGAGCCUACAUCUCAAAGAAGAGCCCCCUGCGUCGGAGGCCCACGGGCUCCCCGGAGAGCACGCUCAGCUAGAGUCACCUCGUGUCCCGUUACCUCCCGGGCCAGGAAGGGCACUAUCAUCAGACCGCAAUCUGCCAGGGAAGCGCAACAUGUGGCCAAGACCCAGGGGAAGAUUUUGGUGCCUCGACCCCCUCCAAAACCUGAAGCUGUGGAGUGCAAUUUAGCUGAGUGUCCUGUGUACAUCUCAAAGACAUCCUGCAAUGACGAUGGUGUACAGAGCAGACCAGAUUUGCAGGAUCUGGGCCUUUACAAAGACACUCCAGAUAGCCAGACAAUAGUUCAUCGGCCUGCCCUCAGAACAGAUGCUAUCUGUGCUCCAGUGCCACCCUACUGUACCUACACCCAUGAGGCAGGCAUCUGUUCCCUCUCCCCUCCAGAUGCCCUUGCAGACAAUGCCAGGCGCAGGUGUGGAGAGAACGGGAUGUGUUUGGACCGGACUCCAACAGAUGAGGAGAUUACACUGCUUUGGCAUGGAGUACGAAAUGCUCUCGCCAGCAAAGACGGUGACCCUCAAAGUUUUCUAGCUCACAAUGGCCCGUUGUCUUCUUCGCCUCAAGUCUGUGCCAGCCUGUCCCAUGUCACUAUCAAUGGUGAUAGUCUGAUCAGUGGUGUCAAAGGAGCUGAAAAAAUGGGUGGCUUUUUCUUGUCUUCCUCUAAUGUGAAAAGUCCAAUGAGAAGACAGUCUAUGGAGAGCAAUAUGGUGAAGAACAGAGUUUCAGUGGAAAACAGCAGAAACCCAACUGCAGGAACAACACAAAGAAAGCCUAGUUUUCCUUAUCAGGUCACUGUGCCAAAACCUCAACAUCCAAAUAAAAAUGGUCAUGCAGCUGACAGUGAAGGCCCAGAGGUGUCAGACAGUGCUCAUGAAGUAGCAGACUGUGCUCAGACCCAUAAGUUCUGCUACGGUCCGAUUGGUCCACUGAGCCAGAGAAUACAGUCCCUCAGUGUCAGCGCUCUGUCACUAGAGGAGCAGAAGAUCCUGCAGUCACUCGAGAGACUCAAUCAACGCCUGCAAUAUGUGCAAGAUACAGCUGGUGGCAACCCAGCAGUGAAGGGCAUCUUUGCUUUGGCUCCUGCAUUUAACCAGACUGGUGAGACUGUAGGUGUCACCGUGCGUAGGCGAGGAGCCUCGGCUGAUAAUCACACCAGAACUCAACAGCGUUACUGACUACACCUCCCAUGAUCCACCACUCCCUCAAGCACCUUCUCUCACUUUGCACUGCAAACCUUCAGACCUUAUGAUUAUAUGCCGAGACAUACUCAAAUACUUUAUCUGAGUGGUAUUGAGAGUAUUUAAUUGUUUUUGAAAGGAAUAGCUCACCCAAAAAUAAACAUUUGGCGAAAUGUACUCACCCCCAGGCCAUGAUGUAGAUGAGUUUGUUUCUCCAUCAGAACAGAUUUGGAGAAAUUUAGCGUUACUUGCUCACCAGAGGAUCUUUUGCAGUGAAUGGGUGCCGUCAGAAUGAGAUAAAAACAUCACAAGUAACCCACACGACUCUAGACCAUCAGUUAACAUCUUGUGAAGUGAAAACUUGUGUGUUUGCAAAAAGCAAAUCCAUCAUUUAGACAUUUUAACAUCAAAUGUGUCCUUCAUCCAUAAACUUUCCUCCAGUGAAAAAGUUGUCUCUUAUGAAUCAGGAGAGAAAUAUGCACAGAUCAAGCAGUUUUUAUAAACAAAAACAGUUACAAAUAAAACAAAUAUGAAAGAUUUUAAUUGCAAGAGAACAACAGGGAUAGCCAUUUUUACUGAAGGAAGUAUUAUUAUAGAUUAUGAAUUAUUAUGGAUAGUUCAAAAAAGUUCAGAAGCCUUAAUUAUAGAUUUGUGUCUUACAAACAGGCAGCUUUUCACUUCACAAGAUGAUAACUGAUUGGCUGUUUGGACUCUCAUUCUGACGGCACCCAUUCACACUUAGUGAUGAGCAACUGAUAUAAUGCUAAAGUUCUCCAAAUCUGUCCCGAUGAAAAAACUCAUCUAUACCUUCAAUGGCCUGAGGGUGAGUAAAUAAAAAUUUUGAGUGAACUAUUUUUUUAUAAGGUGUAGUGUGUGUGUGAAAUUAUUCUGGCAAUACACAAUAUUUAAUGUCUGUGUAAAAAAAAAAUAGUCUUCGCGAUUAAUCGCAUUCAAAAUAAAAGUUUUUGUUCACGUAAUAUAUCUGUGUACACACACAUAUAUUAUGUAAACAAAAUCUUAUUUUGGAUGCAAUUAAUCACAAUUAAUUGCGAUUAAUUGCUAUUAAUCGUUUGUUAGCACUAUAAAUAAAAUUAAAAGAAAAUGUAUUUAAUGUUCAUGUGUUG